AUAAGUGCAAAAUUUCAAGAAGGUAUUUGAUCAUAAUCGUAAACAGUUAACAGAAAAAUUUGACAGAGGGGUCAAAAGUAAUUGAAGAAACCGACAAUUUCAAAAGGAAAAUUGAUUCUUUACUCUCUAAAAAAUAAUCGACAAGUGCAACUACUUGUCGCGUGGUUCACGAGCUCAUAUAUUACUAGCCGAUCCAUACCCUAUUAACUUGAAGUCAACAUCACAUAUCAAAAAACCAAACAAAAUCCAAAUUCCAACACCAACCAAUUCCUUAUACCUACGUAACCAAUUUCUACAAACCAAAAUCUCCAACAACACUUUCAAAAAAACCAUACUCUUAAACAAAAUCCAGAAACUAAUGAAACUCUUGAAUCUCUUCUUUCUAUCACACCUUCUAUUAAUUCCAACAAUCGCUUCUAACCAACCCUUUGAAGAUGGUUUCAUCUCUGGUGUUAUAUCCAACAAAGGUCUUGAUUUUGCUAAGGAUUUGUUGAUAGAGAAAGGUAUUGAAACUAUUGUUUUUGUUAAGUUACCUAAGAUUGAGAAUACUGCAUAUGUUCCACUUGUUGGAAAUGCUAAGGUGACUCUGUCUGAUAUCAUGAUUAAGGAUGUUCAAGUUAAUACUUCGAAUAUUAUGAUUGGAGAGAGUGGUAUUGUUGUAGUUGUUACUGGUGCUAUUGUUGAUUUGAGUAUGAAGUGGAAGUAUACUGUCAGUUCUUGGUUGCUUCCUUUUGGGAUUUCUGAUAGUGGGACUGCUUCAAUUAAGGUUACAGGCAUGCAAGUGGGGCUUACAUUAAAUUUAAAGAGCAAAGACGGAACUCUUAAGUUGAGUCUCUUAGAUCAUGGAUGCUAUGUGGGAGAUUUAUCCAUAAAGUUGGAUGGUGGAGCAGCUUGGCUUUACCAAUUGCUAGUAGACGCUUUUCAAGAUAUUAUAGCAUCUUCAGUUGAAGAAGCCAUUUCAGAUCAAAUAACAGAAGGGAUAGUAAAGCUUGAUAAUAUUUUGCAAGCUCUUCCAAAGCAAGUAUCACUAGAUAAAACUGUUUCACUAAAUGUUUCAUUUGUUGGCAAUCCUGUGUUGAGUAAUUCCUCAAUUGCAAUUGCAAUUAACGGUUUAUUCGCAAGGACAAGUGAAGUUUUUGUACCUCAAAGUUACAAGAACGGAUUCAAGGUUUCUUCUGCCUGUGGUGGUUUACCAAAGAUGAUAAAGGUUUCAAUACAUGAAGAUGUGUUCAAAUCUGCUUCCCUAGUUUACUUCAAUGCAGGUAAACUGCAAAUGGUUAUCGAUGAACUACAUGAUCAGGCCCUUCUGAACACUGCUGGAUGGAGAUUCAUAGUUCCACAAUUAUACAAGCGAUAUCCAAACGAUGACAUGCAGAUUAAUAUCUCUGCAUCAUCUCCACCUGUUAUACAAGUGUCAUACCAAGAUAUUGGUGCCACUCUUUCUGUAGAUAUAACAAUUGAUGUUCUAGAAGGUGGUGAAAUCAUACCUGUUGCAUGCAUUUCAGUGGAUGUAAGUGCUUCAUGUGGUGUGGAAAUUAUAGGAAACAAUCUUUCUGGUAGCCUUAAAUUACAACAAUUUUCUGCAUACUUGAAAUGGAGCAAAAUAGGAAAACUGCACAUACGUCUUAUUCAGUCGCUGAUAUCAAGUGUCCUCAAAACAGCUGUCCUACCAUACUUGAACCACCAAUUAAAGAGUCUCCCCUUGCCAAAUAUUGAUGGUUAUGGAUUUCAGAAUACUGUUAUCUUGUACAAUUAUCCAUGGAUUUCAUUGUGUAGUGAUUUUUCCUUUACAGAAGAUGACUACUAUUUUAUUCAACACUCAAAUUAUGUAUCAUAAAACUACUACAAAGAAUUUGUCUGCUGUAUUAUUUUGUGGUAAGAUAUCUGUAUAGUCUGUAGAAUAUGUAUAAUGUAUGUAGAAAUAAGAAAUAUAUCAUUAGGCUACUUGUGUAUAUAUCACCAAUAGUAUGCAAUUGCCAUCUGAGUUUAGGCUUUUGUACCAUGUAUCAUGAAGAUUACUUGUUAAAUAUUUAUACCGUUAAUUUUUUGAA